AUGCUCGAAGAGCUCAGGAUUGCAGUGUAUAUUGAGGAAAGUGUGGAUGGCACAUUCGUUGAGAGAGAGGAGGCUGUAGUUGGACAUGGCGAUGGGCUCGAGAUUGGCCCACCAGGUGAGGAUGAAUUGCUCGGAGGCGUAGGAGUGGGUGUCGGGGUAGAUGGCGAGGGCUCCAAGGUGAAAGUGGAGCAUUUCGUUGAAAGUGUUUCGGAGGAGGGUGUGGUCGAAAUCUCGGAGGUAGUAGGCACAAAUGAAGUUGAUGCUGGUGCAAAUGCUGGAGAUGUAGCAGGCGUAGGAGAUGGCAUCGCACUGCUAGAACAUGGUUCGGAGUACUGUGAGGUCGAGGUCUUGAAGGUCGUCGACCCUGAUGAGACUGGUGCCGGAGCAGGAGAAGGAGCCGAAGCCGAAGCAGAGGUAGGAGUCGUUAUGGCGCUGCUGGAAGAUAUGCUGGGCGGCUCCUGGGAUGUGGUCACACUCACUGAGGCUGAAAGACUAACAGUAGUCGGAGGGGGGAUGAUAUCGAUGAUAGAGUAUUUGGGCUUGGCCGGAGCCGGAGUGGCAGUCAGCAGAAUGGUCAGUGUCGUCUUCGGCCCCUCGAAAAUCUUCGUCGAUACAACAAAAUUUGUGAUGGGCGGCAGCGUUAUAUCGUCUGUUUCGACGAAAGUGAGCGGUGGUUGUGUCACCACAAUCGUCUGCACAAUCAUCGCCGCCGGUUGUUGGCCUCCAUCAACAGGCACAAUCGACAAAUACGGUCUUCUGCUCACGAGUGGCAAGGAAGAUACAAAGCAGAAAAGUGAAGAUACUGCGAACAGAGACGGGGUUGAGGUAUUGAGACGCAUCAUGGGCUAA